AUGUCUCCGACUCCGCCUUCGACUACGUCCUCCAGUGUGGGCGCACACUCGCCUGAAGGUCAGUUCAGAGUCAUCAGGAAGAGGAAUCGAGUUCCUCUAUCUUGUGCACCAUGUCGGCACCGGAAGCUUAAAUGCAACCGUUCUCACCCAUGUGAGAAUUGCGUUAAGCGGGGCGAUUCGGCCUCUUGCACCUAUGCCCAACCUGGGGUCCGGAAGAAGACAACCUUGAACCAGAAUGCAGUGGCAACACCAGAUGAUAUGCAGAACAGGAUAGACAGGCUGGAAGGCCUCGUUCUUUCCUUGAUGACGAAUGGCUCCCAGUCUGCGGGGCCGACUGCGGCAGCGGCAGCGAUCUCAGGCCAUAGCAGUAUUGAUUCAGGUCGAACUUCUAACGAGACUAAUGGGGAUGAGCUCGAGAUGGACGGCCAGGAAGAAAGCGAUACCGAACAGGUCACAAAAUCGUUUGGAAUAAUGAAAGUCGACAACAACAAAUCUUAUUACAUCAGUGAUGCACACUGGGCUUCAGUACUUAAUGAUAUAGCGGAAGUCCGGAACUAUUUCACGGUACAUAAAAAGCAAUAUGAAGAACAAGCUGAGAAGGUCAAGGCCUUGAGAAAGGAUACUGAUUUUUCAGGUUCCGCAUUGCUUUUUGGUACUGUGAAGCCUUUGAGCCAGGCGGAAAUCAUGUCUUCUUUCCCUUCCCGAUACACGACCGACAUACUUAUUGCACGGUAUUUCAACAGUUAUGACCCGUCAACGCAUAUCCUCCACGGACCAACGUUCCAGAAGGAGUACAACCGCCACUGGGAAGACCCUUCGCAAACGUGUAUUGUUUGGGUAGGCAUGCUCUUCGUGAUGAUGAGACUCGCCAUGCUGUCUUAUCACAGAGAUGGCGAUGAACCGCCCGAAUUUCGUGGGAAAUCGUUGGACAUGGCAGGGACGUAUAGAAAUAUGAUGGCACAAUGUCUGACAUUGGCCGACUAUACGAAACCCCAUCCGCAUCUAAUUGAAACUUUGAUUCUUCAUCUUCACGCGGACUACAGCCAGACUAGGGAAACGGAGACAUCAGUGUGGAUAUUGGUCGGGAUGAUCGCGCGGCUGGCUAUGCGAAUGGGGUACCAUAGGGACUCAAAGUCGUUUCCCAACAUUACACCAUUCCAGGGAGAGAUGCGUAGGAGAGUCUGGACAUUUGUUAAACAGGCAGACCUUCUAUUUUCCUUCCAGGCAGGACUCCCAAGCAUGAUUCGCUCCGGGGACAGCGACACCGAAUUGCCGAGAAAUUUAUAUGAUGAGGAUUUCGACGAAAGCUGCAAGGAACUGCCACCUCCACGUCCUUCGAGCGAACCCACCCCAAUCUCAUAUUUGAUAGCGAAGGCUCGGAUCGCAUUUACGUUCGGGAGGGUCAUCGAGCACACCUCCUCUAUGAAAAGCGGGCCGUAUGAGACGGUCAUGGAAAUCGACAGCGAACUGCGUCGAGCUCGAGAUAUGAUCCCAGAACAUCUUCAAGUACGCCCUAUGGAAGAGUGUCAAUUGGAUCCUGCUUCCCUGAUAGUGUCAAGAUUUAACAUCAUGAGCACUUACCACAAAGCUCAAGUUGUCUUACAUCGACGUUAUCUCGGUCGCGCGCGAGAAAACCCCCGCUUCACGCACUCACGCCGGACUUGCAUUGAUUCAUCACUGGAGCUAUUGAGUUACCAGUCAAUAUUACAUGGGGAAACCCGCCCCAACGGCCGCCUGCGAGCAUUAACUCAUCAGGUAAUGUCUCUUAGCUCGAAUGAUUUCUUGCUUGCUGCAACCGUUGUCUGCCUUGAUUUGUACCACGGGCUACAAUUGCAAGCGGCCGGGAGGCCUUCCGGAGACACCUAUGCAUGGGGUGUGGAACGUCGAGAUGAGAUGUUGGCUACCAUUAGACGCUCUAAGGAGAUUUGGGAUGAUCUUCGUGACCAGUCAAUAGAGGCAUGGAAAGCAUCAUCUAUUCUUGGAGUGAUGCUCACAAAGCUACAUCUUGCACCUCAGGGUACGGAGACCAGCACUGCUUCUGCACCUGCCUUUGAGUCACAGGACGAGAAGGAGAACGCUGCGAUGACUCUGGGACUGUUGAGCAGUGGCAUGAGCCCGUUAAACUCAGGAACCGCGGGUUUCAGUGACCCGACAUUCCGAAUGGCAGAGACCUUAUCGCCCCCGGGCGGCGGUCUAGGCGUCCCCGGCAUACCGCAGGGUGCUACUUCGCCUUUUAGCAUGCUGGGCGUUAUGCCGGAUAUGCAGCCGGUGAAUUUGGACUGGGAAGCGUGGGAUAGCUACAUCCAGAGCUCGAAUUUCGAUCCAUCAAAUCAACUAUGGCCGAUGUUAGACAUGCAACAGCAACCGUCACUAUCCCCUAUAUCUCCAUCCACGGUCCCAACAGCGCGCAACGGUGUCCCUGAGGUGUCUCGGAACCCAUAUCGACCACUGCCCGGAUUAUUCCCCUCCCAGUCUAAUUACGAUAAUGGACCUAGCCCGGAGAACGGUGUUUUCAUGAAUCUCAGUAAUGAUAAUAACAGCCCAUCUCAACCGCCAGGUGGCCUUGGCAGGAGUCAGGGAGCGAUGUGA